CACAAAAAGAACAUCGUCCACAGGGAUAUUAAGGCCGAAAAUGUCAUAUUUUCGCAUCCGGGCUGGGUGAAGCUGGCGGAUUUCGGGUUUUCGUGUCAAACUGAGCCUGGAACCAAUUUGCAAACCUUCUGUGGAUCGCCACCUUAUGCGGCUCCGGAGCUCUUCAAAGACAAAGAAUACUCAGGAGCAAUGGUGGACAUCUGGGCACUUGGAGUAUUACUGUAUUUUAUGCUUGUUGGCGUGACGCCAUUUCGUGGUGAGACCCUGAACGAUUUAUCGCAAAACAUCAUGAAGGGCACCUAUACGAUGCCGGAAUAUUUAAGCACUUUCGCACAGCACGCGAUUAGCAGAAUGUUGGAGAUGGACACAGCGAAACGA